GUCAUAUACAAUUGUAAAUGAAGAAUCCAGAAUGAUGGGAGUCUUUCUCUCUCCUCCCUAAACUUAGUAAACUCUUCUGUCUUCUCCAAUCUCAUAUUAAUUCCCAUCCCAUUUCCCACCAUGGAAGAUGAGGAACCUCUGCACCUUGGCACUACCAUUAAAGAACAACCAAAGUCAACUCAAAAGCUAGCCCUCCUUCCAUUAGUCUUCCUCAUCUACUUUGAAGUAGCUGGUGGGCCCUAUGGAGAAGAGCCUGCUGUAAGAUCAGCUGGCCCACUUUUAGCCAUCUUGGGCUUCCUCAUCUUCCCAUUUAUAUGGAGCAUUCCUGAGGCCCUUGUCACAGCCGAACUAGCCACCACUUUCCCCGGCAAUGGGGGCUUUGUUAUCUGGGCCCAUCAAGCUUUUGGGCCCUUCUGGGGUUCUCUAAUGGGCUUUUGGAAAUUCCUUAGUGGUGUCAUUAAUCUUGCUUCUUACCCAGUUCUUUGUAUUGAUUAUCUGAAAUUGGUAUUUCCUGUACUUUCAUCUGGAUUUCCUCAUUAUUUAGCAGUUUUAGUGUCUACUUUUGUGUUAUCAUAUCUGAAUUAUACUGGGUUGACUAUUGUUGGGUAUACUGCUGUGAUUUUGGGAGUUGUUUCAUUAUGCCCAUUUAUUGUCAUGUCUUUAAUUUCAGUCCCUAAGAUUGAUCCUGCAAGAUGGAUGAGUUUAGGUGAAAAAGGUGUGAAAAAAGAUUGGAGUUUGUUUUUUAAUACAUUGUUUUGGAACUUGAAUUUUUGGGAUAAUGCUAGUACUUUAGCAGGGGAAGUGGAAAAUCCUCAAAAGACUUUUCCAAAAGCUUUAUUUUCAGCUGGGAUUCUCACUUGUUUUGGUUACUUAGUGCCACUUUUGGCUGUCACUGGAUCAAUUCCUCUUGAUCAAGAGAAAUGGGUUGAUGGUUAUUUCGCGAAUGCUGCUGAGAUCAUUGCUGGGAAUUGGCUCAAGAUAUGGAUGGAACUCGGUGCUGUUCUUUCGGUUAUAGGUCUAUUUGAAGCUCAACUAAGCAGUUGUGCUUACCAGUUUCUUGGGAUGGCUGAUCUCGGGAUUAUUCCCAGGUCUUUCGGGGCUCGAUCCAAGGCGUUUAACACUCCUUGGGUGGGGAUUUUGGUCUCCAUGAUCAUAGCGCUUGCUAUCUCAUACCUAAACUUUACUGACAUAAUUUCUUCUGUUAACUUCCUUUAUAGUUUGGGGAUGUUGCUAGAAUUUGCCUCGUUUCUUUGGUUGAGGAGAAAGAUGCCAGCUAUCAAGAGGCCGUUUCGAGUUCCAUUAGAGAUGCUGGGGUUGGUGAUCAUGUGCUUGAUUCCAUCUGGGUUUCUAAUCUAUGUUAUGGUGGUUGCUAAUAGCACUGUGUUUUGUGUGAGUGCUUUGUUGACUGUACUUGGAAUAAUGUGGUAUUUUCUUAUGAAACUCUGCAAAUCAAGAGAUUGGUGUACAUUUACUACUAGUGAAGGGAGUAGUGAGGAAGACCAUCAUCUGGUUACAAGGUAGGCUGUAGCUCAAUUUCCCGUUGAAAGCCGAACCUUCAUAGAAUGAUUUGGUAGGAGUAGCCAUAAAAGCAGCAGGGUUAAAUCUGUGUUCACAGUCUUAGUAUCACUUUUCAAGACUUUACCAGCUACAAUACAAUAGUCAGACAUCAAUAUACAUGAGUUUUGGUUGCAACGAUGUUUGAUAAUUUCAUAUAAAUUUUUGAGUUUGUAAAA